UAUUUCCUGGUUUAUUUUGUUAUAGGAGGCCAUCUCGAUCCGGAUGAGACGCUGCUGGAUGCCGGUCUCAGGGAGUUACGGGAGGAAACGGGGCUGAAGCUGGAGCCGGAGGAAGGUUCUCCAAACAUCCUGGGACUCUGGGAGUCGGUGUUUCCCGCCCUGCUGUCCAGAGGUCUUCCUCAGAGACAUCACAUCGUGGUCUUCCUGCUGCUGCACUCGCCCCUCUCUCACCUGGAGCUGCAGGCGUCUCUGAGUCCGUCUCCGGCGGAGGUCAGUGCCUGUCUGUGGGCCGACCGCCGGCUGAUCAGCGCCAUGGUUUCCCACCAGGACGGAGAGAAUCCAGCUCCCGUCCUGCAGCGCAGCGUCAGUGUGUCUCAGGUCUCUGCAGAUGGCGCUCUGAGUGACUCCUCGCUGCCUCUGGAGGUUUUCCUCAGCCGGGCGCCGGUCAGCGGCCCGGACGUGGAGCGGGUCAGCACGGGGACCAUGUUCGCCCUGAAGUUGUGGCUCAGGAGCCUGGAGACUUCUGACCCCUGACUUCUCGUCCUGCAGAAGUGGGCGUGCUCAAAUCUCAGCGGGGAUGCAAACAGACCGCCCAUCGAGAGUCCAUAACUUAUCCCCAAACCACAGACUGUCCUUGCCACGGCGAACAGGCGCUGCAUUGUUCUUGUUUGUAUGACGUUGUGAGUGCAGCGUGAGUAAUCCAGCCCUAAAUGCUCUCCUUGGUUGAGACGCGUGAUGACGCCCCUCCUGUGACCCAUAGUUACCCUGAUGGUGUUUUCAGAGCCAGUGAGCGACGGACGGUAAAAUAGUUGUUGGCAUUGAUUAAUUUUCCCAGUCCUAAAAAACACCUUUUAUUUUUCAAUAAAAAAACACUUCAAAUGAA